AUGCACUUUAGGACAGUUGGUUUGAUACUGGUGCUGGCUAGUUGGUCUAGAGCUAUGCAGAAGAACCUUGAAGAGAAACUAAAGAAUUCAUUGGAUUCUGAGUUGCUGCUGAAUAUUUCGAAAAAGGUAAAAAAACCCCCAUCUCACUUUGAGACAUAUUCAGGCAGACUGAGUCUUUGCAAGGAUGUGCUGCCACCUGCCAUGUCAGCAGCAGAAGCUGCUCACACAGAGCCUUUGAAUGAGCUAUAUGAUGCACAAGCAGAUUUGUCUGCUGAGGAAUCCACCCAGUGCCACCAGAGUUAUUUGCUGCUCUCUGGAAAUUCAGUCUCACUCUCUGAAAGUACAGCAAUUAUUUCUCAGGGAACCACUGGCCUUGUCACCUGGGAUGCUGCUCUCUACCUUGCAGAAUGGGCCAUAGGAAACCCAGCAGCCUUCAGUAACAAGACUGUCUUGGAGCUUGGAAGUGGAGUUGGUUUUACAGGUCUGGCUAUUUGCAAGAUGUGCCGUCCCAAAGCAUAUAUCUUUAGCGAUUGUCACAGUCAGGUUCUUCAGCAGCUCAAUGGAAAUAUCCUCUUAAAUGGCUUCUUGCUAAAGCCAGAUUUCAGGGCACCCCUACAACCUUCAGGCAAUACGCCAGUCUCCCCCAAACCCACUGUGACUGCUGUUCAGCCGGAUUGGGACCUAGUUACUACAGAGCAACUCUCUGUCUUCCAGCCAGAUGUCAUCAUUGCAGCAGGUAAUGACCAAGACAGAUUGGGUUGGAGAUGAAGAAUAUAGCUAGAUCUAUCUUCCAGGUUAAGGGAGAAGGGGUGCAAUAGUGGAAACUGUUAACAGGAAAACAUGAUUAAAUGUUUGAAAAUUAUUUUUAACUCUCCAGAGUAAAAGAAAUACAAGGGACUAUUACCAUCGAUACCUAUGAAUUACUAAAUACACAUCUUAAUUUUAGGUUAUAGCUAUACAUAUUCCUUUCAUAAAUGUAUCUAUCAGGUGAAUAAUCUCUGAUUUUGUUCAGGAAGGGAAUGGACAGUUAAUGUUCCAAAUAUCUCUCCUGAGAUGAAAUGUCCCAGGACUCUUAGCAGAAAAUC